AUGUCGUCGGAGCAAGAUUAUCAAGAUCUAUUCGGUCCUCAAGCCAAGAGGGCCAAACGUGGUCGACAACAGCUCCAAACCGACAAGUCGGCGAAUGCGAUUCGGAUACGCGAUAACCAACGACGAUCACGCGCCCGCCACAAAGAGUUUGUCGACGAACUGCAGCGCAAAGUCCAGGACUACGAGAAGCGGGGCACCCAGGCUUCGUUGCAGAUGCAAAAGGCGGCUCGAGACGUCGCCUUUGAGAACUCUCGACUCGCGACCGAAAACACUCGAUUGCGCGCCCUUCUCGCCAGCCGGGGCGUAUCCAACAGCGAGGUGGACGCACACUUGCAAUCGUUCGACGACGAGGGCAGCAAGGGCUCGCCCAGUGCGUCAAACACCACGACACUCGCGCCCAUUCUCAACACCCCCAUCCUCCUCGAACCAUUACCGACCCAAUUGCCCCCGCUGCAGGAGCACUUUGGCAAGGCGGGCUUCUCGUCCGAGACGGAGAACGAGAACCUGGCGUCCCAAAGGAAAUUCGGAGACUCGCUGCUGCCGCCGGUGCUCACCCUUACCCCAACGUCCGAUGUACAACAGAGCUCCCCGCUAGAUAGGCUCGCCGUGCUCGCCGACGCUAGUCUCAACCGCUCCUCCUCCCAGGCUGGCCCUACCACCAACUCGGUCUCGGAACCGUCUAGGAGCCCUCAUCCCUAUCAUCGUCGGAGUGAGACACCUCCCCGUCCCUUGGAAUCCCAUCAGCUCCCACCGGCUGCCUCGCCGCUCGAAAUGUCUUGCAAUGCUGCCGCGCGCAUCAUUGCCGAUAUGCAAGGACACGGCGACGAUCGAACGACCCGGUUGGCUCUGGGCUGCGGCGCCCAGGAGGAAGAAUGUUUUGUUAGAAACACGUCUAUAUUUCGAAUGCUCGAUCAUUGA